CACCAUUCUUCAGUGCCAGCCACUUCCAUCGACCAUGGACGACGUCGUGAACCUCCACAAGCGCCUAACAAAGUUUCUCGCUGGCGACGACAACGAUCAAAAUGGCGUCGCCGACGCGAUGGACCACCUCAACAAGGUUGACAUGACGCUCGCGAUCCUCAAAGACACCAAGAUCGGUCAAACGAUCGCAAAAUUGCGAAAGCACGAUGCCGAGCUCGUGUCGUCCAAGGCGAAGAUUCUGCUGAAGAAGUGGAAAACCCUGGCGUCGCGGCCGAGCGAUUCCGACAUCAAAGUCGAAGCCGAUGGGAAGAGCGAACCGGGAACUCCGGGACCCAAGGUGAGUCCCACUACGAGCGACGGGUCGCUGAAAGACGAGGCCAAGUGGCCGGAGAAGGACGAGACGGCUCCAGCUAUCACGAUCCGCCGUCCAUCCAUGCACGCACUCGCGAGCCAACGUGGCUCCACGCCGUUCGAAUUUAUUCCCAAGGGGUUGCAGGACGUCCGCGCGACGGUGCGACGAAAGCUCAAGGAAGUGCUAUGUCUGGCGGAAGCCCCGGAUCUGGUGGGAGAGGCCGAGCUUGUCGCCGUUGCGAUUGAAGUUGCGAUGGCGCGCGAAUACAAUAUGGACUCUGCGCGCAACACGAACGAAGGGAAGAAACACUACACGGACAAGUACCGCCAACUGUCGUUCAACCUCAAGAAGAACGUGAAUUUGCGGUUGAACUUGCUCACGAACAAAGUGACCGGUGAUCAACUUAUUAAGAUGACUCCGGACGAAAUGGCAACGGACGAGCGGCGGAAGGAGAUGGACCAGCUACGCGACGACGCGUUCCAACGGGCGCGCCUCGACUGGGCGGAAGCAAACGCGGACAAGAUCAACAAGGCGUGCGGAAUCAAGGACGCGCGGGGGCUCUUUACAUGCGGCCGAUGCAAGUCGACGAAGACGAGCAACACCCAACAACAGACACGUAGUGCGGAUGAACCCAUGACGGUGUUUGUCAUUUGCCACGACUGCGGCAAGCGGUGGAAGUGCUAGGCGCGGUCUCUGGAAUUAUUUAAGUAACAUGCGUUUAAUGGAAAGCACACGGGCUUGUGCAUCUGUCGGGAGUGCUA